AUGGCCACCGAGGACGGUUCGCGGAAACGCAGACGCCCAGCCCAGUCCUGCGAGCAAUGCCGCCAUCGAAAGGUGCGCUGCGACCGCAACAUUCCAUGUGGCCCUUGUACACGCGCACGAUCUGUUCUUCACUGCUCUUACCGCGAUAAAAGUCCAUCGCCAAGCUCAGCUGACGUAGAAAAUAUCGAUACCUCGGACACUGCUCAGCGUCCAGUCACGGAGGCCUUCAAUCAGAGACCACCGGACCGCCUGAUCCCAACAGACCUCGGGGAUACGAAUCUUCAAUCCACAGUGGAAUUACCUCUCCGGGAAAUUCGGCACCGACUACAGUCACUUGAAGAUCGAUUGACCGCUCUAGCGAAGAGCUCUCAGUUGCCCCGAGAUGAUCGGCGGCUGGAACGGGCAUUGCAUGACCUCACCGAGAAAACACGCAACAUCGAACAACAGCUUACCGCAACGCCACGGCACUUCCGGACAACACAUGAAGAUAAUGAUUUGACUGUCAGCGUUAUGCCGCGGCGCCUUAAUGUAGCGGCAGGCAAGACGAAACUCCUCGGCCCUACUCAUUGGAUUCAUAAGGUGGACAAACUUCAAGUUGUUGAGUCUUUCAGUGCUAAAGAAUCUGAAGCUUCUUUCAGAGAGCUGAAAUCAGACCUCACAAAUGUGGUCAAAGAAUGUAGGGCCCUUCGGAAGUCCAUCAAGUCUCACAGGGCUGUGACACUUGAUGACCCUGUUCCUGACCUCCGUGCCACUAUUCCGCCACGGCCGGUGUGCUAUGAGCUGGUUCAAUGCUAUCUGCGCACCUUUGAGCCAAUCUAUCGCGUGCUGCAUAUCCCGUCUUUCUGGGAAAGUUACAGAAUAUUCUGGACGGAGCCCCAGAGCUCCCCCGUGUCCUUUCUGAUGAAGCUAGUAUUGAUUCUUGCCAUUGGUACUGCUUUCUAUCCCGAUCGUACUAGCGCAAUUGAUAAUCGGUUCUUGCGACUCAAGCCGAAAUGGGUGUACGCGGCUCAGUGGUGGCUUACAGGGCCUUCGGAAGAAACAACAGCCAGUCUAGAUGGAUUGCAAGUAUUCUGCUUGUUACUAACAGCGCGCAAAGUCUGCCGAUUGGGGACGUCAUAUGUGCUUUCCGCGAACUCGCUUAUCGACAUGGCAAUGCGAUUGGGAGUUCACAUUGAUCCUUCCGAUUUCCCUAAUUUAUCUGCAUUUGAGUCUGAGAUGCGCGUCCGCCUCUGGGCUACUGUCCGUGAAAUGGCCCUACAAUCAGCUUUGGAGUCAGGUCUGCUUUGCCGGCUUCCCCCGGGAUCCGAUCCGAGACCGCCAUCCAACCUUGACGAUCGUGAUAUCGGCCCUGAUAUAAACCAAGUUCCUUCCGCAAAGCCGCUUACGCAGUGGACAGAUACGUCUUUUCUGUCAUUGCUUCAAUGUUCGGUCGAACUUCGCAUGGAAGUUGUUCAGUUCGUGGCCACUCCUGGGGAGAAGUCCUAUCAAGAGGCUUUGCGGCUCACCGCAGAUAUGAGACAAGCUUGUCGUAAAUUGGCCGAUUUUGCCCAGUCUUGUACAGCACCACCAUCAGUUCAUGGCUUACGACCCACAGAGUUCCACAAACGAUUCCUGGAUAUGGAGUUCCGCAGAUAUAUCAUGGCUCUACAUGCGCCAUUUAUGGUGCAAGCUCGAAAGGACCCCCGCUUCUACUACUCUCGCAAAGCCUCUCUCGAAUCUGCAAUGGUCAUUGCAUCCUAUGCUAACAGCUUGGAUCUACCGGAAAUUCCGGCGGAUGAUUUUUCCAAGAUGAUUCUCGCUGGUACCGGCAGCUUCAAGGGUCCCUUAGGGCUGGACAUUCUUUCGGUCCUUGGCCUUGAGAUCGUCACUCAACUAGAAGAGGAAUCUUCUGAGCAGUCGUUGUUAGGCCCUGAGGAGGAAAUUGCCAAGGCUGGUCGCGCUCCUGUUGUUCGGAUUCUUCAGCAUAUUCUCAGCCAGCUCCUUCAGAUCAUCUCGUUUGGAAGUCCCAGCUUGAAACAAUAUAUUUUUCUCGCGGCAAUAUUGGCUCAGAUUCGUGCUAUGGAGUCGAACCAAUGCAUAAAGCGAGCUGUUUACGAGACCGUAAAGCAUGGUUUACAAGAGUGCUACGCGUUGUUGCAGUCAAGUAUGGCUAGCAUGCCUGGUAGUGCGAUGGCGGGUGUGCCAGCUGGCACAGCUGUUGAAACGACCCUUGGUUUGCCUGAUCCACCACUCUCUCAGCUUGCUUUACAGUCAGCGGACCUUGCAUUCGACCUCGACCUCGCCAGCCUUUUGUGUUUCGAAGAUAUUAAUGAUCCCAGCAAUGCUUACUUGUGA